AUGACGUUACACGUUGAAACUGCUGCCUGUUUUUCAAUAGCACUUAUAGCUGCACCAAUACUCAUAGUGUUGAUAAGAUUAUUAUUCAUUCUUCCAGCAUUAAGACUUCCUACUUCUAUAAAGAAAAAGAGAAAGCUAAUUGAGGAAUGCCAGAUCUCAUUCUUGCUUGGUUCUGGUGGUCAUACUGGAGAGAUGAUGAGAAUUGUAUCUAAGCUUGAUAUGGAAAAAGUUUCUCGUACAUGGAUAUAUUCCUCUGGCGAUAGUUCAUCAUUGGCAAAGGCACAAGAAUAUGAAAAGAAAUCAGGCACAACCCUGCACUAUAUAUCAAUUCCAAGAGCACGGACAGUUGGCCAAUCCUAUAUUCUGAGUAUUCCCACCACAUUAUACUCAUUCUUGUUUUCUGCAAUAGUAUUGCUCAAACAUAGACCAGCAGUAAUACUUUUGAACGGUCCAGGUACUUGUGUUCCCGUGGCAUACAUUUUGUUUUUUUAUAAACUCCUAGGGUUAUGCAAUACAAAGAUAAUUUAUAUCGAAAGUUUAGCUAGAGUGAACAAGUUGAGUCUCAGUGGGUUGCUAGUAUUACCAAUCAGCGAUCGAUUUAUCGUCCAGUGGGAGAGUUUAUAUCAACAGUAUAACCGUGUUGAAUAUUAUGGUAUAUUGAUAUAG